GGACAAACAACACCGCCAACAUGCCUCAGAACGAGUAUAUGGAGAGAUGGCGCAAGCUGCACGGCCGCCGUCUCGACCACGAAGAGCGAACCCGAAAGCGCAUCGCCCGUGAAGGCCACAAGGCCUCGCAAGACGCCCAGAACCUGCGCGGCCUCAAGGCCAAGCUGUACCAGAAGAAGCGCCACAAUGAAAAGAUCCAGAUGAAGAAGGCCAUCAAGGCCCACGAGGAGCGCAACGUCAAGACCGCGGACGAGAAGGAGCCCACGCAGCCUCUGCCCUCGUACCUGCUCGACCGAUCGAACCCGUCCACGGCAAAGGCCCUCAGCAGCGCCAUCAAGAACAAGCGUGCGGAGAAGGCUGCCAAGUUUAGCGUGCCGCUGCCCAAGGUGCGAGGCAUCAGCGAGGAGGAGAUGUUCAAGGUUGUCAAGACGGGCAAGAAGACGCACAAGAGGGCAUGGAAGCGUGUCAUUACGAAGCCUACCUUUGUUGGGCCCGACUUCACCAGACGGAAUCCCAAGUACGAGCGCUUCAUUCGCCCCAUGGGUCUGCGUUACAAGAAGGCCAAUGUUACACACCCGGAGCUUGGCGUUACUGUGCAGCUGCCCAUUAUCAGCGUUAAGAAGAACCCGCAGAACCCGCUGUACACUCAGCUGGGUGUUUUGACCAAGGGUACCAUUCUCGAAGUCAAUGUUAGCGAGUUGGGUCUGGUUACUGCUGGAGGAAAGGUUGUCUGGGGCCGAUACGCUCAGGUGACAAACAACCCUGAGAACGAGGGAUGCAUCAACAGUGUGCUGCUGGUCUAAGUCAUUGGGAAAUCGUGUGGUUUCAGUAUUGUUUGUUGAGAGCCACGGCUGUCAAGUGCAUGUAUUGGCGUUUUGGCGUUGGGUACUACCUUGGGAGGUAUGGGUGCUUGAUGUAGGAGGAAAGAGAAAAAAGACAUAUAAAAGAAGCAAGGGCUAGAUGAGAUCUAUUAGGGAGAUGUUAGACUUCCGAGGAUAUCAGGGUCCUCGUCCUCGAUGCUCAAAGAAAUCAAGGUCUACGAGUAAUACAAGAAAGAUGAAAGAUGUUUGUCAAUCUA